AUGGCCUGGGAGAAUCAGACUUUCAACUCUGACUUCAUCCUCCUGGGAAUCUUCAAUCACAGCCCCUUGCACACUUUCCUCUUCACACUGGUCCUGGUCAUCUUCACAGUGGCCUGCAUGGGGAACACGGCCAUGGUUCUGCUCAUCUACCUGGACACCCAGCUGCACACACCCAUGUACUUUCUCCUCAGCCAACUCUCCCUCAUGGACCUCAUGCUCAUCUGCACCACUGUCCCCAAGAUGGCUGACAACUUCCUGUCUGACAGGAAGUCCAUCUCUCUGGCAGGCUGUGGGACACAGAUCUUCUUGUAUGUGUCCCUGCUUGGAGCUGAGUGUUUCCUGCUGGCUACAAUGGCCUAUGACCGCUAUGCUGCCAUUUGCCAGCCUUUAAGGUAUCCCAUCCUCAUGAGCCAGAAAAUCUGUGCCCUCAUGGCAGCCUCCUCUUGGAUUCUUGGCUCAAUAGAUGGAAUAAUUGUUAUUAUAGUUGCAAUGUCCUUCCCAUACUGUGGUGGCAGAGAAAUACCCCACUUUUUCUGUGAUGUCCCUGCCCUGCUCACUCUCUCUUGCAGAAACACCAAGACAUUUGAACAAAUAAUGUUUUCCUGCUGCGUAAUUAUGCUUGUCUUCCCUGUAGCUAUCAUCAUUGCUUCCUACACUCGUGUGAUCCUGGCUGUCCUCCGCAUGGGAUCUGGGGAGGGUCACCACAAAGCUUUUGCCACUUGCUCCUCCCACCUCAUGGUGGUGGGCAUGUACUAUGGAGCAGCCAUGUUCAUCUACAUGAGGCCCAUGUCCGAGCGGUCCCCCAUCAGGGACAAGAUGGUGUCUGCCUUCUACACCAUCCUCACACCCAUGCUGAAUCCCCUGAUCUACAGCCUGCGCAACAGAGAAAUCAGCAGGGCCUUCCUGAAGGUGCUAGGGAGGGGCAAAGCUGCAGAGCAAAUGGCCUAA